GAAGAAAUGGCUCGGCGUUACGACUCCCGUACUACCACAUUCUCCCCUGAGGGCAGACUGUACCAGGUGGAAUAUGCUAUGGAAGCUGUAGGUCAUGCAGCCACUUGUUUGGGAAUUCUAGCUAAUGAUGGUGUUGUCCUGGCUGUUGAGCGUAGAAAUACCAUCAACUCAUUGUUGGAUGAAUCAUUCGGAUCUGAGAAAAUAUACAGAUUGGGAUCAGAUGCAGCAUGCAGUGUAGCAGGAAUUACUAGUGAUGCCAAUGUUCUUACUUCUAAUCUUCGACUGAUUGCCCAACGUUACGAGUUUACAUACCAAGAAAGUAUCCCUGUUGAGCAGCUUGUGAGAAGUGUCUGUGAUGUUAAACAGAGGUACACACAAACAGGUGGCUUGAGACCCUUUGGAGUCUCCCUCCUGUACAUGGGCUGGGACACCAGGUAUGGAUUCCAACUCUACCAAUCUGAUCCCAGUGGUAACUAUGGUGGCUGGAAGGCAGCAUGUAUUGGACACAACCACGCAGCUGCUGUUUCCCUACUGAAGCAAGAGUACAAAGAGGGAGGAAACUCCAUGAAGGAGGCUUUACAUCUGGCUGUCAAAGUACUCAGCAAAACCCUGGACAUCAACAAGCUGAGCGCAGAUAAGAUACAGAUUGCAACUCUCACCAGACAGGGUGACAGAACCAUGAUUAAGGUGCUAUCUGGAGACGAUACCAACAAGCUUAUCGCUGAGUUCGAAAUAGAGGCUAAGAAGAUUGAAGAAGAAAAGAAAGCUGGCUCUAGCAAAGCUAAGAAAUAAGAACUUUUUGUGACAGUUGAACCAUAGUUUGCAUCAGUUAGAGUGCAAUAAUUUAAAUAUAAGUUUCUUUAUAUAUUAUGUUGUAGCUUUUGUAGCCAAGUAAUUUUUCUGUGAAACAUCUUCAAUCUUAAACGAUUCAUAAUGUAAUAUGUGCAAGAACAGAAAUACAUUUUAAAAUCGAUUGUCAAAAAUGCCUAGACUGCUCAUAAAAUGGAUAUAAGCUGGCCUUAUAUAUUAUAAGUCAAGAAACAACUGCUGAGAACUAUUUGUUCGAUUGAGGAGGUUUAACUCACACCUCUUUAGUGCACUAUUACUUUUCCAGUAAAUUACUUGUGAAAGGAUUUAAAACCUUUAUAUAAUUUAAGGAUUAACCAGGACCAGUUUUUCGGUUGACCCUUUUCUUAUAUUAUUUGUUCAAAUGCUAUUGUUUCUUAUUUGGAA